CUGAAGAACUCUCUUUCGCCGCAUCCGCAUGUCGUGUCUUGUGAUAUUCUCUGUCCACCCCAUGCCAUGGAAUUUGACUGAUUGUCGUUCCCAUAUUUCCAUUUCAAGCUUUCGAAUUUUUGAUAGACUACAGUAUUGUAUUUGAGUUAACCUUGGAUGAAGAUAACAUUGCAAGAUGACAAAAACAGCUAAAUCAAAAGAUGUUGUCAGGGCUCGAGGAACAUGGGGCAAUCAUUUUGAGUUUAUUCUGUCCAGCAUGGGUUAUGCUGUAGGUCUGGGCAAUGUUUGGCGGUUCCCCUACAUGGUGUUUGACAAUGGUGGCGGUGCCUUUCUGAUCCCGUACUUCUUGAUGCUUAUCCUGGCUGCAAUACCAGUUAUGUUUCUUGAAGUAAGCUUUGGCCAAUUUUCCAGUCUUGGCUGCAUCAGUUGCUGGAAGAUCAGCCCGCUCUUUAAAGGUGUAGGUGUUGCAAUGGCAGUUGUUUCAUCUUACUUCUGCCUGUACUACAAUCUGAUCAUCGCAUACACCAUUCGGUACAUGGUUGUUUCGUUUAAGAAUCCACUUCCCUGGACGGGUUGCAACAAUACUUGGAAUACUCCCAACUGUUAUACAACAGUGUCACUGAGUCAAGAUAACUUGACUCAGGAAGAUGUUCAGUUGUCAACGUACAAUCCAGGAACUCCAAAUACUUCAUUCAGUGAGGUGAAUCAUAGCAGUUUGGAUUCAGGACCUCGUCGGAUCAGAGCCAGUGAAGAGUAUUGGAAAUUUGGUGUGUUGAAUGUUUCGGAAGGACUUAAUGAUAUUGGUUCCAUCCAGUGGCCGCUGCUUGUGAGCUUUCUCUGUGCCUGGAUUUUGGUUUAUUUGUGUAUCAUCAAGGGAGUCAAAUCAUCAGGAAAGGUUGUAUAUUUCACUGCAACAUUCCCCUAUUUUGUUCUGGUGGUGCUGUUUAUCCGAGGUGUGACACUGACCGGUGCCAUGAAGGGCAUUCUCUUCUUCUUAACACCAGAUUUUGAAAAACUGCUCUCCGCAAAUGUGUGGAAAGCAGCAGCUACUCAGGUUUUCUUCUCCUAUGGAGCAGGAUGGGGCGGGAUUCAUACCCUCUCUAGUUAUAACAAAUUCAGCUCCAAUACUUUACGUGAUACGUUGCUGAUCAGCAUGUCAUGUGCCCUGACGAGUAUCUUCUCUGGUGUUGUUAUCUUCUCCAUCAUUGGAUUCAUGGCACAUGAUUCGAACCAAGACAUACAAGAUGUCAUUGCUGCAGGUCCUGGACUAGCUUUUGUUGCGUAUCCUGAGGCAGUGUCGCGGAUAUUUGUUCCUCAGCUCUGGUCAUUCCUGUUUUUCUUCAUGCUGCUAACUGUUGGCAUCGACAGUCAGUUUGUAACAUUGGAGACUUUGAUCACUGCAUUCAUUGAUGAGUUGGAAAGCAAGUUCCCAGGGAAGGUUCGUCGCUGGAAGUCUUGGAUCAUCCUCCUUGUCUGCACUCUUAUGUUCCUCGUUGGACUCCCAUUUGUCACACAGGGUGGCACUUAUGUGAUGACUCUCUUCAACUGGUACUCAGCCGGAUUCACCCCAUUACUACUGGCCUUGAUCGAGCUACUUGUCAUAUCUUAUGCCUAUGGUGUAGAUAAUUUCUUGAAGGAUGUGGAAAGUAUGCUUGGAUUUGGACUCAGUAUGUACUGGAAGGUUUGCUGGAUGUUUGUAACACCAGUCAUCAUUGUGGGCAUCAUGAUAUUCAGUUUCAUCGACUAUACACCAGCUGUCAAUGGAAUUUAUACUUUCCCACCAUGGGCCGAAGCUAUCGGUUGGACCCUAACUCUUUCAUCAUUGCUGUAUGUGAUUGGUUAUGCUGCUUUUUAUCUGGCCACAUCUGAAGGAACUCUUUUAGAGCGAUUUAAGAAGUCUAUCACACCCACGAAGGAAUGGGGUCCCGCCAACAACAUUGAUCGCAUCAAUGCUGGAUAUGCACCUCUCCCUGGCCAGAAAGAUGAGAUGGAGACUGAAGCUAUUCAGUUUGAGGAAGCUCCACCAACGUAUAAAGAAACAACGUUUAUUGAUGUGUCUGUAAAUACAACAGAAGACUUGAAUGUAUAGUUGUAAGUUAAUAACAGGGUUUAUGUGUUGUCCGUAUUUAUCGCUAAAUUUACUUUUUUCAUGUUUAAGUCUUAAGCUGUAUGAAAGCAAUGUGUUUAGACUGGUUUGUUUUAAUAGAUGUUAAAUUUGCAUCGGGGAUAAAGAAUAUUAAUUUUUUUUUUUUUUUUUACCCAUAUACACC